UGCGGCUGGCGGGUGAGCGGGGCCGGGCCCGGCUGCUCCGCCCGGCUCUGGCGCCGGCCGCUCCUCUCCCCUCCCCUCCCGUCCCCAUCGGGCGCCCGGGACCGGGCCGGGCCGGGCCGGGGGUCCGGACGCCCGGGUGCCGCCGCCAGCGCAGGGCCGCUCCCGGCACGCGGGCCCGGCGGGGCGGGGGCAGAGCGGAGGGGAGCCGCGCGCCCGGGCGGCCCCUUCUCGGGUGCCCGCACUCACCCCGCUCGCCGGCAGGGCCACAGCUGAGGCCGGAGCCGCUCAUCGCAGGCGCGGAGCCAUGGACAAUUUCCGUGCGCUGCUGGGCUCGGGCGCCUGGGCCGGGACGGCCGGGGGGGGCCCGGACCGCGCCGCCGGGCCGGGCUUGGGCUCCCCGCGGGGCUCCCCCAGCAGCUCCCCGGCCCUGCGGCGCCGCCUCCCGCUGCUGCCCCCGCGCCCCCCGCCCGAGCCCCCCGCCGAGCCCCGGGGCUCCGACGCGGCCCCCGCUGCCGCCACCCUCUACUACCCGCUGGCCGGGCGCAGCUUCAUCCGCAAUCACAAGCGCGUGCAGAGCUGGUACAGCGUGCUAAGCCCAACCUACAAGCAGCGCAAUGAGGAUUUCCACCGCAUCUUCAAGGGGCUGCAUGAGGCCGAGCGCCUUCUCGUAGACUACUCGUGCGCGCUGCAGCGGGACAUCCUGCUCCAGGGCCGGCUCUACCUGUCUGAGACGCGGCUCUGCUUCUACAGCAACAUCUUCCGCUGGGAGACUGCGAUCUCCAUCCCAUUGAAGGAGGUGACGCACCUGCGCAAGGAGAAAACAGCCAAGCUCAUCCCCAAUGCCAUCCUCAUCUGCACCAAGGCUGAGAAGCACUUCUUCACGUCGUUUGGUGCCCGAGACCGCUGCUUCGACCUGAUCCAUGGGCUCUGGAUUAACGCGCAGUUGGGCAAGACACUGUCGCCACGGGAGCUGCGGCGCAUUUUGCACCAGGGCUACGGCGCCGAGCUUGGCCUCACCAGCGAGGAUGAUGACUACGUGGCCCCCACCCUGGGUGCCAAGGAGGGUGACGACCCCGAGCUGAGCGACCCACAGCCAGAUGCCAGUCCCGAGCCGGGCCCACAGGGUGCUGGCCACUACCACAGCCCCCCCUCACCAGCCAGCAGCAGCGAUGGCACCAUCUCUCAGGUGGUGGAGGAUGUGGAGGACCCAGCAGUCGGUGCAGCAGAACAGACAGUGACGCUAGUGCAAGACCCGCCCAAGCCUGAGGGGCCAGGGGACACCCCUCUGCCCACCCCCGCUCCUUCCCUGGGUGAUGCGGCGCCCAGUGAGGAGCUGCCAACUGACGUGAGCCGCUCCUGUUCCUCCUGUGCCUCCUCCUCCUCCACACACGAUGAAGGCGAUGGGCCUCCUGGGCACUCAUUGCUUGGCCCCGCUGCCCUCCCGGAGCUGGGGAGGGAACCCAGGACUCCUGGGCCCAGAUCAGAGCCAGUGCCCGCAGCUGAGGUGGACUCCUUCUUUUCGGACCUGCCUGGGCGGUUGCUGAUCAAUGCAGUGUACCACGUCGGCGCUGAGCGCCUGCAGCAGAUGCUGUUCAGCGACUCGCCCUUCAUGCGGGACUUCCUGGCCCAGCGCAAGUUCACAGACUUGACAUUGACAGCAUGGAGUGGCGAGAACAAGUGCCGUCAGAGCCGUGUGCUGUCCUACACCAUCCCUGUCACCAACCCUCUGGGCCCCAAGGCCGCUGCCGUGAUAGAGACACAGAACCUCUUUCGCCCCGGCCCCCAGAGCGGAGCCUGCGCUGUGGACUCUGAGGUCAUCACGCAGGGCAUCCCCUACCAGGACUACUUCUACACCACGCACCGCUACUGCAUCAGUGCCCUGGCUCACAGCCGGGCCCGGCUCCGGGUCUCGUCGGAGAUCCGGUACCGCAAGCAGCCCUGGACACUGGUGAAAGCACUGAUCGAGAAGAACGCAUGGGGUGGUGUGGAGGAGUACUUCCAGCACCUGGAGCUGGCCCUGGCGCAGGCUGAGAAGGCACUGUUGGAGGAGAGCGGCUGUGGGAAGGAGCCACGGGGGCUGCGGCGCCGCAAACGCGCCUUGGCCUGGAGGCCACCCCACCACACCGAGGCCCCUGGGGCUGGUGCCCAGGGUGGACCGCGCACCAUGCACCCCUCUGGCAGCUUGUCGGCACGGCUGACGGAGCAGGUGCUGGAGCGUGGGCCAGGCCACAGCGUCUCCACCAUAAUCCUCGUCAUCAGCCUGGUCCUGGUGGUGCUGGUCGUCCUCAACAUGCUGCUCUUCUACCGGCUCUGGGCACUGGAGCAGGCGGCGCGCACCGUGGAGGCCUGGCAGGCCUACGCCCUGGCCAAGGGGAAGCUGCCACAGACGGCAGCUGAGUGGGCUGAGGUCCUGGAGCUGCAGCGCCGGUUCCAGCGCGUCGAGGUGCAGAAGUGGCGCCAGAUCCUGCGUGCCUCCGUGGAGCUGCUGGACGAGGUGCUGGGGGACGGGGGGCCAAGCCUGGAUGCCUGGGCUCUCUCCAGCCCCAGGGAGAUGAAGCUGUCCCUGGAGAAGCUGCAGCAGGGCAUCGCCAGAGCUGAGCCAGAACUGGAGCCGCAGCAGGACAGCACCUUCUCCUGAGGAUGGGCCCCGGGGCCGGAGCCAGGCCUGGGACUUGCCGGCCCCGGGGCGUGGACCCCCUGGCCCCUGCCCCUGUGGCUGGGCUGUGCAGAGCUGCUCCCACCCAGACACUGGGGAGUGCCUGCUGCUCCCCUGCCUCCCACCCCAGCUGGUCUAGGGCGGAGGCAACCACUGUGGGUCUCCAGUCCCCCAUCAGGGAGCAGCUCCAUGCUGGGGGACACACGGGGGUGAGGCCUCUACCAUCCCCCAGCCUGAAGCCCAGCCACCUGGGUUCUCCCUGCAGCUCUGGGGUGGGGGGAACAGGAUGCCUGGUUUCAGGGGGGUGGGGGGGGAGAUCUAGGUUCCUCUCCUUGAAGAGGAGCCAGGGGCUGGGACACCUGGGUUGCAUCCCCCCUGCGCUGCCAUCCUUGUGCUGUGCCUGGGGGGGCUGGGUCUGACGUCCUCCCUGUGCAAGGGGGAUUUGGCCUGGGAGUCAGUAUUAGGGCCCCACUUAGGGUUGGGGUCAAGGGUCAGAGGCCAGGGGUCGGCUGUGCCACAGGUGCUAUUUAUUAGAGACAAAUAAAGGGUGCAGAGGUGCCACCAGGA